UUUUACACUUAGUGCUGGUGCAUUAGCUUUAGCAACAGGUGGGGCACUCUUAGCAGCUGGCCUGGGUAUUGCAUGUAUUAUUGGAGCAAUGGAUGUAGCAGCAAUACGUGCAAUAUAUGAUAAAUGCACAAGUGAUUUACAAACUUUAUUAACAAAAUUUAUGCCUUGCAUAUUUAAUGCACAGAAAAAUGUAGUUAGUAGAUUAAUAAAAAUGUAA